UGCGCAAUUCAUCAGUUCAUGGAUUCAGUACACGACGUCCACGUCGGUCGCGUCGAUGAAAGCCGGCGUGUCUCUUUAGGAUUUUUGAAGUAUUAAACGAUUUUAUUUAUCAUGAAUGCAUGUUUACAAGCGUUGCGGUCCGUGCCGACGCAUAUGGACUACGAUGGUCAAGCAAGGGCUGAAAAAUUAUCUAGGGUCAUUAUAACACUUUUUGGGGUUGUUGGACUUAUCUGGGGAUAUGUCAUACAACAAUUCUCACAGACAAUAUACAUUUUGGGUGCUGGAUUUGUAAUGGCUGCAAUUAUAACAGUGCCACCAUGGCCUAUGUACAGGCGCAAACCGUUGGAUUGGCAAAAGCCUCAGACUGAAGCUCCUGCUAAAACAAAAAAAAAGAAAUAAUUAACAAAUCAAUAUAAACAUUGAUUUUUUCAUAUAAUCUAUCUAUACUGUAUAUUACCAUUCUUACAAUUCCAAACAAAAUACGAUACAAUAAAUGUGAUUUAUGUAUUUCUCCCCAUUAAAA